AUGUAUCCCAUCCCAUCACUCGUCUUCUUGAUCCUUACCACUUCGUUGGGAUUGAUCACUGCAGUGGAGGAGCAGAGGGACGCACGACAUCCGUUUAAAUGUACUGGCAUCCACCCUGUCGGAUACUGCGGUCAGAAACAAGGCUAUAAGGUCUAUUCAAAACAUCACCUCACGUGCGCUGACACAGGAAUGAAAACCAACUGGUGCUGCAAAAACGGACUGGAAUUCAUGCCUGGCACAAGCUCUGUUUCGCAAAAUCACAUCUACGGCGACAAGGGGAGUUGUGUUUACGGACGAACGGCCAAUUGA